CGCGCCGGUUGUUUGCAAACAAAGGUUACACCAAUAUUUUAGAGAAAAGCAAGUAAAGAACAUUUUGAUUCAGUGAAUUUAGGUUUUGAUGACAGUUGUGUGAAGAGUUAUGAUCUUCCUCCUCGACUCCCUGUCUGCAGCACACAUGACUGGUUUCCAUGCAUGCAAGCUCCUGGAUAACUCAGACUAGGAACCAGUCUGGCUGAUCUCUGUACCUGGUUGCUUGAUUGUUAGCAGACUUCCACUUUUUUCAGGCGUGAAGAUGGCCAGUCCUGAUUGGUGUAUAGCUGUGAUGACCUUGGUUAUCAUAGCAACUAGCACAAGGUCACAUGGGUUUGAGGUCACAGGCACAUACAGAGACUUGAAGGGCUUUGCUAAGCUCCAUGCUGCGGGUAUCGACAAGGAAAGUGGGGAUAUUGUGGUCUCAAGUUCAGAAAGCAUUGCAAAACUGGACAAAAAAUUGAAUCUUGUCACGACGGUGCAUUCCGGGAUAGGAAAUGUCUCCUCGUCAACAAGUCUUGUGAUAAAUGAACAUUUUAAGUCAGUGAUAUUGUGUUCAUUUGGAGGAGGUUGUGAGAGUCGUGCAAUGAAAGACUUGAGUAUAUUGUAUUCUACAAAAAAUCCAGAUGUGCCAAAGAACGCUAAAAGUGAAAGUAUCGUUACGCUUAGUCCUGAUUCAUCGAAACUUUUUCUUGCCAAUGACUAUUCAAAUGAAGAUGAAUCAAUUACUCAAACAGUGCCAAUACUUAGUAUAAUGUCAUCCCAUAAUUUCAGUUCAACGCCUUUGUUUGCCCUCAGUCAUAAAAGGUUACCAAAAUCUUACUUUGUGAAAUACCUCUACUCAUUCGCAGUUAGUUCAUAUGUUUAUUUUAUAUCACAGCAAUCCAAUGUUGUAACCAAAGACACAAUCACCAAAAUAUCACGGAUUUGUAAGGAUGACAACAAAUUUCUUUCUCACGUAGAAAUCCAGUUAGACUGUGUUCUGAAUUCUACAAACCAAUUUUCUACUGCUCAAACGGCACACUACGAUCCAUCAGCUGAAAAAGUGUACGUGUCUUUUACCAAAUCAUCAUCAAUGUCGUCUGCAAUAUGUGUGUUUGACCUUAAGGAUGUUGACAAGAUGAUGAACCAAGUCGUACAUGAAUGUUACCUUGGCAACGGAAGAACGGGCCCCAUCCACUUAGAAUCAUCGGGGCGAUGUAAAGCAAUGAAUGUGAAGCCCGACUUCUGUGGUCAGUCAAAACAUGCUGACCAGUACAGAGCCAUUGAAGGGACGAUUCCAAUGUUCCAACAGCCCUUUCUCACUCUACCAGGAAGUGUUGUAAAAUCCCUUGUUACACACACUGAGAAGAACUAUGUAGAAAUAUACCUUGGGACAAGGAAUGGAUUAUUGAGAAAGGCUGUUUACAGUGCAGAUGGUGUGGUAUCCAUUGUUGAUGACCUUGACCUUGGUCCGGGCAAUAAGGUCAAAGGUCAUAUGUUCCUAAGCAACAAUGGUGAUGCGCUGUAUGCACUAACAAACCAUCAGCUGUUUAAGGUGUCCACAGACCAUUGUCAACGUCACGCGACCUGUCAUCAGUGUGCGGCGACGAAUGACAGAGUAUGUGGCUGGUGUGUUCUCAAAAACAGGUGUACACGACACAAAGACUGUCCCAGUGAUAGCGUGACCCCUGCCUGGCUCCCGUCUCGUGAUGGGGUCUGUGCUGAACUAACUGGUGUAACGCCCAGAGUUGUUUCGUACAGGGUCCUUAAUGAUAAUCAGAUCAGCUUCAAAUUAGAAAAGGUUAAUAUAACCCAAUCACCAAUCCCUGUGAUCCAAUGCAGUUUCAUUGUCAUGGGAACCAAACUUGUCUCCUUGGCAAUGGUUACCGGGGACAGGGUGACAUGUGACCUGCCACCACGGAAUGAUGUGCCGAAUUUUCCAGAAGGCAAAGUGAUAUGGCGCUCCAGAGACCACACACUGCUGGAGGUGGAAUUUCAGGUUGACGGACGGACGGUCGCAAAGCGGGAUGUAUCCCUGUAUGACUGCCAGCAAAACACCAAUUGCACAAGCUGCACGGAGAGUGGGUUCGAGUGUAAGUGGUGCCACUACCGUGGAAUGUGUGUCAACAAGGAUAUGGACUCGUGUCGGGAUCAGACUGCCCCAGCGAUAAUGUUGUCAGGAAAGUGUCCUCGCCUGGAGACGUCGUCACAUGAUACAGAUGUGGUUGUACACUCUGGACACACAAAGAGCAUCAGCCUCAGGGUGGCCAAUAUACUGCCAGACCAGAUGUCCAAUGUCCUAUGUGUGUUCACAUACGAAGGUAACGUGACCUUCGCCCAAGGUCAUAUUACGUCCUCCAACCUGCAGUGUGACCCACUCAAGUUUGAGUUCUCCGAUGUUCUACCCAUUGUCACAGCUCAGUUCACCGUUACCACUGGCAAGACAAGCGUCCCUUUGGAUAACCCACAGAAUAUCAAAGUGCGUAUCUACAAGUGCGGUACAAUGGUGACCAACUGUGGUCAGUGUCUUGGAAUGGACGCCGAGUACGAGUGUGGGUGGUGUACGGGUGGAUUUCCUGCCUGCUCCCUCCAGGCCGACUGCCCCGCCUCUGAUUGGUUAGAUAGAAACGCCAUCUGCCCCAACCCACAGAUACUCAGGUUUAGUCCACUGAGUGCUCCCAUAACUGGUCGGACAAACAUCUCUGUGACGGGGCUGAACCUGGGGAAAACGUACACUGACCUUGAUGUCACUGUUGCGGGGAUAUCAUGUGUGGUGCAGCCGUAUGAAUAUGAGCCCUCCCAGGGGUUUCUAUGCCAACUGACUGGUCCGCGGAGGGUCAAGGAAGGAGUGAUAAAGGUCACAGUGGCCAAGCAGUACACAGUCAAGUCACAGAAUCACCUGCUCUUUGUGGACCCCAAUGUGACCUCUGUGACCCCUCAGAAGGGCCCCGUGUCAGGAGGAACAACCAUAAUGAUUGGAGGAGAGUACAUGAAUGCCGGUACCAUGACAACCGUUGAUGUAGGGGGAAGCCCCUGUGAUGUGAUCAGCUCCAACAUGAGUUCACUGGAGUGUGUAACAUCGCAGAUGGUCGCCCUUAGCAACGAGGUUGAAUUGGAGGUCAACUUUGGAGGUCACAGGAAACUAUUGCCGGAAAAGUUUACCUAUGUCAACGACCCCGAGAUUUCUCAGAUUGAACCCAAGAUGACUAUCCUGAGUGGAGGGACGUCAAUAACAGCCAUGGGCAGUAACCUACACUACAUCCAGAAACCAGAGUUCUUUGUUAACCAUGACAAUAAACAACUCACUACAAAAUGCAGACUACUGCCACUUACCGGCUGGCUCGUUUGCAAAACUCCGCAGGUCCAAUUCCCUGGUGAAAAUAUAACCGAAACGAGCCCAAGAGAGGUGCAUUAUGGGUUUAACCUAGAUGGAGUGACAGCAUUUAGGAACAUUUCCAAGCAGCCCAACUUUGGGCCCAUGCUGUAUUACCCAGACCCAAGGUUUGAGAUGUUUCCACCGCCCGGAGGUCAAGCAGGCAAGAAGUUUGAAAAAGACCAAAAACUGAUUAUAAAGGGUAAUUUCCGCAGAGUGAGCCCACUGGUUCAGGAUCUGAAUGUCACUGUGGGUGGAAGCCCAUGUUCGAAGCCCAUGGCAACGGAUGACGCCCUAUCAUGUGACCCACCCGCUCAGCCCAGUGUUGUUGACGGCAAAGGCAACUCUCAAGUCAUGCUACUGAUUGGCAACAUGAAAGAGGAAGUAGGUUAUGUCAAGUACUACAGUCAGGAUGAUGACGAAAAACCGAUAGCAGUCGGCAUUAUCCUUGGAGUCGUCAUCCCGAUCAUCGCCAUAAUUGUGCUCCUAGCGUUCUGCGUGAUUCGUCGGCAUCGCAAGAACAAGCCGAGUAAAGACUACAUCCCUGACGUCUGGAAGGAGGAGACACAGAAAGAUGAAGAGAUGGAACUUAACCAUGUCGCCGUCAAGGCUGACAUGAAUGGAUCCAUACCUGAUGAUAGAGAUAUAGGCCCAUAUAUUGAAGAGCUACUUAGUAAGGUGGAAGCCGACACAACCAAACAGAGUAUCAGACAGCUGCUUAUCUCCCGCCGGAAACUGCACAUAGGGGACGUCAUUGCAAAGGGUGUAUUUGGAGUGACACAUAAAGCCACGUUCACUGAGGCUGAUGAAGAUACAGCCAAGGAGGUGGCUGUAAAAACCAUACAAGGUUCCAAGUCUGACAGUGAGAGCGUGUCCAAUUUUCUACAGACCAUCUCCCACUUGCGAGAUCUUCAACAUCCUGGGAUUGUGCCAAUAUCUGGGGUCUGCAUCACAGUAGCAGACGACCCCAUGCUAGUCACCCUGUACACUCAAAAUGGCGAUCUCAAGUCAUAUGUUAGAGAUGCUAAUAAGAACUUGACAAUCCAGGAGUUACUUGACUUUGGUCAGCAGAUUGCAGAAGCCAUGAAUUACCUCAGCAGCCAUUCUGUUGUCCAUGGCAACCUGGCCUUAAGGAAUUGCUUGGUAUCUGAUGAGCGGCAGGUUCAGGUGAGCGAGUAUGGCACGUACCAGGACAUGUUCAGUGUGGAUGUAUACAGGAACACGGAUGAUAAACACAAAUCCCUUCUUAAAUGGGCCGCCCCAGAGGUGAUUGAAGCAGAGGAUUUCAGCGCUGUCACAUCAUACUCUGACGUGUGGUCCUAUGGAGUAGUGCUUUGGGAGCUUCUGACAAGGGGUGUAACUCCGUACCCAGACGUAGAGAACUCUUCAAUCCUUGAGCAUGUGAAGGAGGGAAACAGACUCAAGAAACCAAAACAGUGUCCAGAGGACGUAUACAAUGUGAUGGUGCAAUGUUGGGCACUUGAAGCAUCAGCCCGACCCAGUUUCCAGCAGAUAUCAGCCGAUCUCCAGGGAUUUACAGGGCCUAGCAUCGAUGAUCCCGGGGUCGGGGAGAAAACCCCUCUACAGAACAAUAUUGAGGUCGACCAGGAGACAUCAUAGUGUGGUUGAAAAAAAUUGAAAGAUUUUAUGACAGCUGAAGUGAAAGUAAAUUCUUGCUGCAAAAACAUUAUGGCCAGACAUGAGCCAUAGUGGACAGGAACAAGCGUUCUCAGACAUGAACCAUUGUGCCAGUUCUCAGCCAGGAGAUAUAGCACUGGUUCUAAAAUAACUAGUCUAGUGAAGUUCAGUGUAUGUGGUUUUAAAUGACUUGUUGUAGAAGUCACAUAAUAAAGAAGAUAAGUGAAGGUGAACACUAUAGUCCAAGUGCUGGUUGGUCAGUACACUGACUUGAUGUCUAGGAAGCUACCGAAACUUAUGUUUGGAGUAUGAUCACGGAUUCAAUUUACAUGUAGUACUGAAUUAUAUAUUUAUCAGUGUUUAGAACUCAAUUGCCGGUGUACAAGUUUAUCAUAUCUUUUGUUAAUUAACACCUUUACAUUUCCAGUAACCAUUGAAUAAUUUAGUGCUGGACUAUAGCAUCCUCAGUAACUAGAUCAGUAUCAACUUAUCAAAACGAAGUAAGGCCUUGAAGUAAAACUGGUCUUCGACAUGUAACUUCGACUGAUACAUGAAUCUCAUUUUACAAGUUCAGAACAAAUAUUUAUUAUUGUUUGGAUAUCUAAAUUCAGGAAAUGUCAUACCAUGUUGUUUAUUAUUAGUAAGCCUAUUGCUUAAACUGAUUGCACUUCUAAAAGACGUUGAAAAUAAAAGUCAAGGCAUAUUGUAGUCCCUUGAUUGUUAAAAAAGGCAUUACUGUUUUAAAGGAAUUAGCAAUUCAAUAGGAAGAUUGCAUAAAUUGAUUAUCUACCUUGACAUAAAGGGAAACAACUGUGUGAAUUACAUCCCAUGACUGCAAUAGUGAAAAUUAUUACUAAUAUUAUAAGAAAUGACCUUUGUGCCAAUAUACAUUGUAGAUGCAAUUGUGUUAUGUUCCUAUGUGGUAAGGAUGUGAUGUGUAAUAUAUUCAUUGUGAUAUGAGUGUGCUAUUUAAGAAACAAGUAAUAAAUGUGAACUUGUAUUCAUUUGCUUCAUUGGUGUCUGAUAUUAAUGAUUUCUGAUAUUUAUGUAUUUAUGUGUUUGUAUAUUGGAUCAUCACAUCAUGUACAUGUGUGUGUAGGUUGUUGUGAUGUGUAUGUCUGUCCUGGAAUCUCUUAUAAUUGUAUAGCUUGUCUACUUUUUCAAAGAAAAAAAAAGGUAUUGUGUAAGCUUUGGUGGGCAAAAAAUUUAACCUUGACUGUGACUCAAAAUUCUCGUUUAUGAUAUUCAACUGAAACUUGGUACACAUGUUGCAAGAGAACAGACAUAUAUAGAAAGGCCCAUAACUCUGAAAUCAAUGAUUGUCAAGUUGUGCCCCUUGUUUGAACAUCAUAAAAGCAAACAGACGAGCAUUGAUGUUCGAUCCAUGGAACACUUGUAUCAAUUUUCUUCAUUGAUAUUUAAUAUGAAAAUUCUGAUAUUUAAAUGUUUGGAGAUUGGCUUAUCACAUGAUGUACAUGUACAUGUAGACCGUUGUGAUGGGUAUAUGUUUAUCACAGAAUCUGUGACUUUUAUGCCAUUUUUUAUUUUAUCAAGUGCCAUUUUUAUUUUCGUAUAGGCAGCAUUUUGUACUUGACCCUGAUUUAUGUAGGAACAAAGUUUGCUUGGAUAUUAUAUGAAGUUGCUGUUUAGCUUAGUUCAGAUUCCAGUUACCUUGUUUUGUCUGCAAUGUGAUUACAUGUGCUUUUAUGCGUAUCAACAAAUAUGCUCCUUUAUGCAGAUUUGUUAUGUGAUUUUCAUACAACUUGUUGGGAUGAGUGAAAGAGAUGUCACCACACUGCAAGUAAAAACUCAAUAGUAUGUCCUUCAAGCCCCAAUUUCUCUAAACAUCUUAACAGGAUUAAGCUCAGCUCACUAUUUUUUUUGUUUAAUUUAAAUAUUUACAUUCUUAACAGUUUUUGGGCUUCAAAAGGGAAUUAUCUGUAAGCUUAUUACAAUAUUUUUCUUUCAGUAAAAUCACGUCAGAUAUUUGGUUUAAUGGAAUAAGCUACUUAAUUAAGCUUGUUACAAGUAACAAGUUUCGAGAAAUUGGGGCUAGACUUAAACGAUCAUGUUAAAUUCUGCUGCUUGGGUGAUUAAUUUAGUUUCAAUGAAGUUAAAUUCUUGAGUGGGUAUUCACUAAUGUGUUUAGUGUAAGUUUGAGACUCGGGUCAAGAAAAGCAUGACCUUAAGUUUGUUGUAAAAACAUUACAAGGCCAAUAUGGCCAGAAUAUGCUGUAUCUGUAAAACAUAAUUUGUUUUACAAUCAGGCACAUAUUUUGUCAAAAAUAGUUGCAUUAUAGAUAUUUUGAAACAUUUAAGAAUUCAGUUAUCUCAGCCCGAGUCUGAAACACAGAAUUGAGACAUUAGUGAUUACAGACCCUGGCCCCAAUUUCUCAAAUCUUCUUAAGCUAAACAGGCUUAAGUAGCUUAUUUUAAUUAGACAAACUACAUACUUUAAUGUGAUUUUGGUAAAUACAAUAUGGUUUAUUGUGAUAACCUUAAAAGUAAUUCUUAUUUAAAGUCUAAUAACUCUUAAUGAAGUUAAUAUAACGUGAAUUAAAGACAAAGAAAAUUAGUGAGAUUUGCUUAAUCCUAUUAUAAGGGACUUAAGAAGUUUCGAGAAACUGGGGCCAGGCAUGAAUUUUUUCCAAAACUGGUUAAGUUUAAAAAAAUUGGAUGUUACAUGUAUAACAAAAAAAGUAAUUUGGCAAUUUUUGCCAUUCAAUACUAGAGCAUUUCUGAUUAAAGUUGACUUAACUUUGGUGAUAUAUGAUUUUAUUGGUGCUUCUAUUUUCCGUUAUUCGUGAACAUUGUAUUACAUGUUUUUUUAUCUGUAGUAAACACUGUGUAGCAUCCAAUGCAUGUUUGUACUCCUUAAGUGUUGUAAGUAGCCUUGCAAGUUCUUAAGCAUAACAGUAAGUAAGUAGCUUAUUUUAUUAAGCAAAAUUUUUUAAAAACUCCCAAAAUGCCUGAUUUGUUUAACCUUAUUCUCGUUCACUCGAGUAAUGAUGCUAUGCGUACCACCUUAGCUUUAUCAUUAUCAAACCUCUGAUGAAUAAGAAUGUUUUACCCUAUGGAGAAAGAAAAAAUAAUUGUCUUAAUAAAUUCUGUUCUGCUGUUUAGUUUAAGUAAUCUCGCCAUCAUAAAAUAAUUGUUCCUCUCCUACUGAUUUACUGAAAAACGUCUUGAUUGAACCACUGCAAACAAGCAAGCUUUAAAACAUUGCCAAUAAGUAAGUUUAUGAGGGAUUUUAUUCCGGCCAAGGGAGUUUAUUUAUAUAGCAGAAUGUAAUUGACCGCACAGAAACUAAUGUUAGUCAAAACAGUAAGGAUACAUUCUGUAUCCUAUUUUUAUGCCUAGGAACUUGUUACCAAAGAAUUUUCAAUGAAGUAAUUAUACAUAUUUCUUAAUAAUGAGGACUUUCAUAUAUAUUUAAAAUGUCAGUGGAAUUGAGCAGCAUUUUGUACUAGUUUGUAACUAAAUAAAGCCAUGUCUAGGACUCUCUUGAAUUACUAUGACAAUCUGUUGUCCCCUUUGAAGAUAAUACAUGUUCAUGUUAACCUGCUUUGUUUUACUACUUUUUUGUACAAACUUUUAUAUCUUUUUGAUAAAUGUCUUGUCUUAUGUAAUAAAGAUGAAAUGUUA